AUGGAGCAUAUCCGAGUGACAAAGGUGCCCGGAGUCAAAGCGGAGAAGGGGCGAAAGUCAUAUUUUGGAACUCUGCAUCUUCUGGCGCAUCAUAUUCUCUUUUGCCCAGAGAAAGUAGACACGGAAAUCUGGAUCAGUUACUCGACCAUCCAGUCCGUUGAUAGAAAAGAACCUACGCGGCAUGGUCUUCAUCCGCUGUGCAUUACAUGUCGCAACUUUGCCUAUCUCAAGCUGUUUGUUCCCCAUGAUCGGGACGCGACGGAUGUUUUUGCAAGCUUGCAGAAACUCAUGAAUAUCGCAUGCUUAGAGCAGCUCUAUGCUUUCUCAUACCAACCCGUCAAACCAUACUCUCAACCGGCGCGAUGGAGGCGGUACGAUACCAAAAAGGAGUUUAUGCGUCAAGGGAUGGGAACGAAGACAGAUCAAUGGAGGUUUACAUCGGUUAACGAGGACUAUGAAUUUUGCCCCACUUACCCGCGCAUAAUGGUCGUUCCAUCCAAAAUCAGCGACAAUGUGCUUCGUUACACUUCCAAAUUCCGGAGUAAAGGAAGGAUACCCACUCUGAGUUACUUACAUCGGAGCAACAUGGUCUCCAUAACAAGAUCGAGUCAACCAAUGGUGGGGCUCAAGCAGAACCGGUCUAUUCAGGACGAAAAAUUAGUCGAGGCAAUGUUCGCGAGCGCUCCACAUGCUGAGUGCGCCGGAAGUAAUCUCAUCAUCGACGCUCGACCUACCGCCAAUGCCAUGGCUCAGACAGCGCUGGGAGCUGGGACAGAAAGCACCGACAAUUACAAAGGCUGCAAGAUAGUGUACCUCGGAAUAGACAAUAUUCAUGUUGUACGGGACAGCAUGCUAAAGGUCAUGGAAGCUAUGAGCUCUGUCGAGAGCGGACCGGUACCUCAAGCGCUAUUGCACAAAACGGGAUGGCUCAAGCAUAUCCGCCAUAUCUUAGACGGCGCUUUCACCAUCGUUAGAGAUGUGCACUUGCACAACAGCCAUGUCCUUGUCCAUUGCAGCGAUGGAUGGGACAGGACAGCGCAACUCUGUUCACUGGCUGAGAUUUGCCUGGAUCCGUAUUUCCGUACUAUCGAAGGGUUGGCGGUGCUGAUCGAAAAGGAGUGGGUGUCGUUUGGACACAAAUUCCAGGACCGUUGCGGGCAUCUUUCGCGCGAUCCAUCACAGUCGUCGGACCGGAACUCUGUGGGUGCACAAUUCCAAGCCGCAAGGCGAAAUGUAUCCAACUCGAUCACGUCCGCCGCGAAAAGCUUCCUGUCAAAGAACCAAAUCAACAUUGGAGGAUUAAGUUUUGGCAGUGCCGGGCAUUCACCGCUUGGAGAAACACAGCUGAGCCGCCCAGGAUCGGGCGGGAAUAGCAAUUUCGGGAGGUCAUCUACAUCUGGGACUGCGCGCAUGUUCUCUGCAGAUUCAAGCAGUGAAUUACCGCAACCGCAGCCGCCCUCGGCGGCACAGCAGCUAAAUAGCGUGGACAUAGCCGUACCAAAUCACGUUGCUCCGCGCGAAGUGUCACCCGUGUUUACGCAAUUCCUGGACUGCGUAUACCAGCUGUGGACGCAGUUUCCGACUCACUUCCAGUACUCCGAGCGUCUCCUGUCUUUUCUCCAUCUCCACGUCUAUGCCUGUCAAUUUGGAAACUUCCUCUUCAACUGCGAACGCGAGCAAAACAACUAUCGGGCUCCAGGAAACCGACCGAUUGAAGAAGCCACCUUCUCGAUAUGGGAUCACAUUGACGGCAAUAUCGACGAAUUCCUGAAUCCCCAUUACGUUUCUCCUGAGGAACGCGCAGAUCAGGCGCCGAUAGGCGCUGGUGGCGGGACAGGGAGCUCGAAUCCCAGCAUACCGGGCACACCCGGCUCGGUCAGCGAUGACGGACAGAUCCUGUAUCCCAGCACCGCGAACUUAAAGUAUUGGGCAGGCCUAUGCUUGCGCGAAGAAGAUAUCAAAGUAGGAGGGGAUCUGGUGGAUACCGAAUUGCGGUUGGAGGAUAUUGAUGCGUUCACGGAUCCGUCCUUUGAUGAUGCCGCUGAAGCGACUGUGCAAAGCAGCAUUGUUGUUCCGGACUCGUCUUCUAUCGCUAUAGAGACAUCGGUGCUGAGCUCCUUGGCUGUUGACGGCGCCGUUCCCCUUUCCCCAAUACGGAACGCGGCACCGCAAGAGGCCAGACUCGUCAUUGAACCGGGCGUGGACACUGAACCGCCCGCGGACAUGACGGGUGAAGAGACGGAGCAGGUCGUUUUGACGUCUAAAAACGCGCCUGGAGAGCAGGUGGAGCUCUUGGCAGAUGCGAUACGGUCUGAAUUGGAGCUGGACCCGGGACAUGCAGUAUCGAAUCACGAUGACGGAGGUGACAAAGCUGCAGCGACGAAAGCCCCAACUCCCUUACCGGAGCUGCCUGAAGAACCCCCAAAACCACCAGCAAAGGAUCUACCACACCCGCUGUGGGAUCCGUUGACUGGGUACCGAGGAAUGAUGUCUUGUUACCGAUCGACGCCGUUUGAUACUGGAUCAAUAACAAUCUAUUAUGCAUACAUGACAGUCCAAAUCCGCACCGCCGCUGCCUCUGAGCAGAGCGAGGAUGCGCAGGAUGUUGACAGCCAAGUCCGUGACCUCAAGCGAGAACUAAAGGAGUGGGAACGGGCUUUCGCGGCCAAGGCCGGGAGAAAGCCGGAGAAGCCCGAUAUCCUAGCGGAUAAGACGAUAGCUAAGCGAUACAAAACGUACAUCAAGCUCAAGAACACUGUGGAAGGCGGCGGGAAGGAUGCAUCAGAGUCGGGUAGUGCCAGAUCAUCUGUGGUCAAGAUAGCGCGGUCCCGUGCACCAGCCGACAAUAACGAGGUGAACGAUGGCGCCAAGUCUGAUGACGAGGAACCUGCGCCGAAGCCGCCAAAGAAGGCCUUAGAUGCUACUAGGAAGGGUUCGAGGCUAGCGCAAGCUCAAUCAGCAGAGUCGACGGUCGAUGAUGAUGAUAAUACACCCGAGCAGCCGGCUCAACGGGAAGCUGCGGCUCCACGAAAAUCGAGCAUGGCCAACAAAGCAGUCUAUUUCGAGGAGACUGUGGUUUCUUCGCUGGAACCCAAUGUGUCGCCUAUAUCGGACGUAAGGAACAGCGAUACGUCGUCCGUAUCGACAGCCAAUGCCGCGGAAGCACGUCCAUGGGGCGCCAACGCCGCGCUCCCCGACAACUUCAAGUUGCGAAACACCAUCGCGUCGGGGCCCAUUUCCACCGCGACGCUGUCGGUGGAGAGACCGAGCACGGCCGGGAGAGAGCGGGGGUCGACGGUGGGUGAGAACAGCCGACCGGAUGUGAGUGGGGCCAGGCCUGCAAGCAGCGCCGGUCGUGAUGCCAGCGAGGAUGACGCGGAGAUGUCAGAGUUCGUGGAUUUCAUGAACAGGAAAAAGGAGUUGGAGACCCUCACGGCGGCCAAACCCGCCGGUGCGGUGUCCGCAGCCGCGGCGUUGUCCCGUUUGUUGGCACAGCAUACAAACAGCCGGCCUUCCAGUGCUUCUGGCGAGCCCCGACUCGUCACUCCGAUCAUCACCUCCAUCACGGUCCAGGCUCCAAAACCUCCGGUGACCCCGCACUCUGCCCUCCCAACAUCGCCGCCUCCGGAGCCAUUGACGGCCGCGCAACUCCGCGAGUUGUCGAAACCGUAUGACCCGACAGCGUCCCAGGACGACGACGAUGCCGAGCCAGAUACGCCGUUGCACGCGGUGCCGCAGAGGACAGCGCCACGAAAGGGCAGUGACAGCAAAAGUCCUGUCCCGCCCGUCCGUGGCAAGUUGGCUUUCACGGACCCUUCUGAGCCGACAGAAGAUGUCAAACCAUCGAAAGCUGUGGACGAAACGCCAAAGCCACCAGAACGGACUUCAAGGAAGGGGUCUGCGAAAGCGGAGCCGAAGCCUCCUCAGCCGCCAGCGGAGGACGAGGAGGAGGAAGACGAGCGGGAUGUCAUUGCUCCCCUCGCGCCUGCCGCCAACGCAACACAGACGAUGUGCUUUGGUGCGGAUGCCAUUGGAGUCGCGACAAAUCCAAGUAUCAUUGGCGUCAAGAUCUUCUACAGGAUACCGCCAGAAUACAUCCUGCGAUGCAAACUCUAUCGCAAGAAGAAUCUGCUGGACAAGGCCCACCCCACGUUCUUCCUGUAUAAUCAAGCGGACGAGAGCUUCCUGCUCGCUGCCAGGAAACGCAAAAAGUCCAAGAGCGUCAACUACGUGAUUUCGACCAGUCAGCUCGACAUGAGCAAGGAUUCGAAACAUUACGUUGCUAAGCUGAAGGCGAACUUCCAGCGCACAAACUUUCUGCUCCAUGAUGCACGGUCGUAUAAUCCGAAAUCGGACAACAAAGGCUUCAAGGAGCUCGCCUGCUUCAGCUACCUAACGGACCAGAUCCCGCCGCAGACCAAGACGGUGUUACCCCGUGAAAUGUCGAUAGCGAUUCCAUCUCCCAAGAUCCCGGAGCUCUCCGAACACUACAGCAAAGACAUCAUGGCAGACGUCAAAUCCCAGAACACUGAAAAACUAUGCUUCCUCCGCAACAAGCCGCCUCGCUGGAACGAGGCGACCCAAUCCCACUGUCUCAAUUUUGGUGGACGGGUGACGCAGCCUUCCAUCAAGAACUUCCAGCUUAUCGGGCCUGAAAACGAAAACUUCGUCGUGAUGCAGUUCGGACGAUGCGGUCCUGAUUACUUCACACUCGAUGCACGGUACCCCAUGACCCCCCUUGAGGCCUUCGCCGUUGCGCUGACGACGUUCGAUGCCUAUGACAAUGCGUAG